AUGGUGGUAAACUAUAACUCCUUGCUUCACUUUUUAAAGCUGAUGAUUAUUAUGGUUGUGUUGACGACUCCUGCCGUCCUUAUGACCUAUAACUUCAUCAAGAAAGAGACAACUGAACGUGCGAACAUUCGCAAGUAUAUCGGAGAGCUCUGGGACUCGCUGUACAAGCGCGUGGUAUACCAGGUCAUUGCGCACCAUUUUUUCGCUGGCAUCUUCUCUGACAUUUCGUACACGGCAAGCUCACCGGUGCAGUCAUAUCUCUUGGGCGUGACUCCAAUCAACAACAUGCUACACGACGUUAUCGGUACACUUGUGUUUCAUGAGUGGUAG